GCGCAAUGCGCUGACCCCCCCUUCUACUGUCUGCCACGUUAGUAGCGGUAGACACAAACUAGCAAGCUACUCCGACUCCGAUUAACAACACAAUAACCAGUAACUUGAUCGGCUCAACUUUGCCGUGAAACAUUAGCUCCCGGCCCUCUAUUGUUUUUUUUUAUUUUUGCGUAAGAACCUUCGAACGCAAAAAUGUUCAAGUUUGUCAUCCUGUGCACGUUAGCUGUAGCCAGUCGGGCUGAAAUCUCGGAGGAAGAUGACGUUCUGGUCCUGAAGAAGAGUAACUUCGAGGAGGCUCUCCAAGCGCACCCCGACAUCCUGGUGGAAUUCUAUGCCCCAUGGUGUGGUCACUGCAAGGCCCUGGCUCCAGAGUAUGCCAAGGCUGCCGGCAUGCUCAAAGCAGAAGGUUCCGAGAUCCGCCUGGCUAAGGUUGACGCCACUGAAGAGACCGAACUGGCCCAAGAGUUUGGUGUCCGUGGAUACCCCACCAUCAAGUUCUUCAAGGGAGGAGACAAGGAAUCUCCCAAAGAGUAUUCAGCUGGAAGGCAGGCCGACGACUUUAUCAACUGGCUAAAGAAACGCACCGGCCCAGCGGUUUCCACACUAGAUGAUGUCACUGCUGCACAGUCUUUUAUUGAGCCCCAUGAGGUGGUGGUCAUUGGAUUCUUUAAGGAUGUGGAGUCAGUCGGGGCCAAGGCUUUCGAAAAAGCAGCUGAAGCAGUAGAAGACAUUCCCUUUGGCACUACCUCAGACGAUGCAGUUUUCACGAAGUUCGAGGUCUCUCAAGAUGGCAUUGUUCUCUUCAAGAAGUUUGAUGAGGGGCGUAACACCUUUGAUGGCGACCUUACCAAAGAAAAUAUCCUGUCCUUUGUUAAAUCCAACCAGCUUCCUCUGGUCAUUGAGUUCACCGAGCAGACUGCCCCUAAAAUCUUUGGCGGAGAGAUCAAGUCCCACAUUCUCAUGUUUCUGCCAAAAGCAUCCUCAGACUUCCAGGACAAAAUGGACCAGUUCAAGAAAGCUGCAGAGUCUUUUAAAGGACGGAUUCUCUUCAUUUUCAUCGACAGUGAUGUGGACGACAACCAGCGUAUAUUGGAGUUCUUCGGUCUGAAGAAAGAGGAGUGCCCUGCUAUCCGCCUCAUCACCCUGGAGGAUGAGAUGACCAAAUACAAACCAGAGAGUGAUGCCAUCACUGCAGAGGGAAUAGUUGCAUUCUGCACACAAUUUAUAGACGGCAAACUGAAGCCUCAUCUGAUGAGUCAAGACAUUCCUGAAGACUGGGACAAAACCCCUGUCAAGGUUCUGGUUGGCAAGAACUUUGAGGAGGUCGCCUUUGAUCCAAAGAAGAACGUCUUUGUCGAAUUCUAUGCCCCUUGGUGUGGCCACUGCAAGCAGCUAAACCCAAUCUGGGAAAAGCUGGGAGAGAAGUACAAGGACAGUGCCGACAUCAUUGUGGCCAAGAUGGAUUCCACAGCCAAUGAGGUCGAGGCUGUCAAAGUUCACAGCUUCCCUACUCUUAAAUUCUUCCCUGCAGGAGAAGAGCGCAAGGUGAUUGACUACAAUGGAGAGAGAACACUGGAAGGCCUCACAAAGUUCCUCGAGAGCGGCGGUAAGGAGGGAGGUGCCCCUGCUGGAGAUGACGACGACGACGAUGAUGAGGACGACUUUGAUGCUGAGGAUUUGGAUGAUGUGGAUGAUGGUCAGGAAGAAGACUCCGAUGGCGAGGAUGAACAUGACGAGCUGUAAAGAGCUGGCAGAAGACGGUCCCGCUCCGCCCCCCACCCCCCACUACCUUCACGCCUAAUAUAGAUCCCGUCCCUCUACUGAGACCAUUAUUUCCCUUUUCUAGUCCCCUCUCAGUCCAACAGUCGGCCAGUCAGUAUUUCAGUACAUGCGUCGCUCCCCGACAUGAUGGGUCUUGUUCUAUUUAGGGGAAGGGGGAGCAAACCGCACAGCACGCCACCUCCAUGAAGGUUUUGAUGCUGCUGCAAACCUCCAUGACAACUCUUGGUUUUUUUUUUUUUUUUUUUUUUUUAAACAAUAGCACGGUGAUAAUCUUCAAUUUAGUUUUGCUCCUUCAAAAAGAGUACACCUUAGCAUUCAUCAGGAAGUCUGCACUCAUGGAGUUUGGUGUUAGGGUGAUGGCUUUUGUAAAGGUUCUCUCAGGGGACAAAGGGUCUAUCUGUUAUUUUCCACUAAAAUGAUCCUUCACAGCAUAGCAAAAAGCCCCCUCUAGACCCCCCCCCCCUCCACCACCCCACAUGUAGCCAAGAUAAAUAUCUGAACAAACUGCCUUCUGUAAGUGAUGGCGGAACGUACAGUACUUUCUCUUAUCCUUGCCAUCCCCAAACAAUUAACUCCUCACACGCUGGGGACCUACUGACUAUUUUCUAAAAGAACAAAUGCUAACUUUUUUUGUGGGGGCGGAAUGUUUUAUUUAAUGUCUUUAACUUUUUUUAUUUUUAAUUUAGGAUUUUUUUUUUUUUUCCCAUAUGUUUUGACCAUUGUGCCCAGUUGUAGCCAGUUGGGCUUGUUGGGGCAAGAGAUGGCACUUGGACACACACUCAGGCCAUGGAUUUUUUUGUUUUUUUCCUCUUAUGGGAGCCAGUUCUGAAAAGUCGCACUGUGUUCAUGCUUUUUUCGAGAUUUUGUGGUUACUACACAGCCAGAUGUGCAAUGUUUCAAGUUUGGUCUGAGACAAGUGUUUGUUAAUCUUAUACAGGAGGACGCAGUUGCCCAGCACCACCCAUUGACCACACUGUACUUUCUGUAUCCCAAUUCACUCUACUUGCGCAAUAUUUUUGUGUGUGUGUGUGUGUGUGUGCUAAGAAUGGCUAGUUUUCCUAGUCAAGUGUGUGUGUGUGUGCUAAGAAUGGCUAGUUUUCCUAGUCAAGUGUGUGUGUGUAAUAAGUGGUGGCAUGAGUAGAGUGAGGUGAUACAAUUGACAUCUGUACAGUGAUGAGAUACUUAAAGCAUUCCAUCAUAUCCAGAUUGAUGUGGGGAAAAUGUCAAAUGGUGGCCAAUAAAAAAUAAAAACAACUUAAAAACCUUC